AUUCAGAGCAAAAGAAAAUUUAAUUGGAUUCCGAAAGGUUUUCGGGGAACCGGAUUUUCACAUUUCUCUACUGAAUCUGCAAUUUCCGCCGCCGGAGAAUUGAGAGAGACAGAGAGCACUGCCGGCAGUUGUGUCCGAUUCAGGUAAGGAAUCCAGUUUUCCCCCAAGCGGCGGAUUCCGGCGCCAACGCGACUCUCCUUCCCUCACUCUUUCUUUCACUCCAUUUCCCCGCCGUUAAAACUCUUUUCUUUUUUCCUGUCCUCUCGCCAGAAAAAAAAAAAAAACUCUUUUCUGAUCUGGCGUUUGUUUGUCCGUUGUAGAAGGAAAAGAACGAAAUAAAAACCCCUUUCCCUGGAAAGGAAGAGGUCUCUGGAUUUUCUUCAAUCGAAGAAAACCAGGGGGAAGAAGAAACAGAAGGAGGAGGGAGAGGGAGGGCGGAAAUGGGUUUGGUUAUUGUUGAAGCGGAGAAUGGCCUCGCCGCCGACGGUGGUGUUUUGAGCAAUCUGGUCCCGCCGACGAAUUUCUCGAUGGUGGACGACGGCAUUUUCAGAUCUGGUCUCCCUGACGCUUCCAAUUUCCGAUUCCUCGAAACCCUAAAUCUCCGCUCCAUCAUAUACUUGUGCCCUGACCCGUACCCGCAGGAGAAUGCAGAAUUUCUCGCGGCUAAUAACAUCAAACUAUUCCAGUUCGGAAUCAACGGGAAGACGGAGCCUCCUGUCCCUAUGCCUGAGGGAACCAUCAUUGAAGCUUUGAAAAUCUUAAUGGAUGUAAGGAACCAUCCCGUUUUGAUUCAUUGCAACCGAGGGAAGCAUCGCACUGGUUGUCUUGUGGGCUGCUUCAGGAAGCUGCAGAACUGGUGUUUGUCCUCGGUCAAGGACGAGUACCGACAUUUCGCUGGCGUGAAGUCGAGGACGACCGAUCUGUGCUUCUUGGAGAGCUUCAGCGCGGUGAGCCUAAGGCAGUGUCUGUACCGUAUCAUCUUCCAGUACCAUGCGUACAGCUCCAAGAGGCGCUUGCUAUACAGAGAAGAGAGUGUACAGAAACCCCAAAUCAAGUCCAUGUAAAAGCUCAAGGCAGAGGCCAGGGCUUUCAGAGAAACCAUACCCCCAUUUUUCCACACUUCUUUGUACGAUUCAUUUUCCUUUUUCGAAUGGAUUCCAGGAACCUUGGUUUUAGUUUGGUUCCCCGCCUGAGAGUUCCACUGGAUAGUUUUAGUUCUGACAAAGUAAAGAAGCAUUUUACAACAUACAUCUGUUUUUGUGUUCCCAUCCUUUUGCCCUGAAACCGUUUGUUGAUCUUCUUCGUUGAGGCAGGGACUUACAUCAUCACUUCCUACUAUUACCUUUGAUUUUGCCUGCCCGUCUCAGCUCGAAUGGGCCGCGCCUCUCCUGUUGUAGCUUUCAUCUGUCAAUUUGUACAAGAGUCCCUGCAACAACGCAGUAGAGAAGGGAACAUUUGAUUCAGGAUACCACUGUGUUUCAUCUAUAGUUACUCCUACCAUUUGCAAACGAUGAAAUGUACUGAUAAUAAUAUGAAGAAACACUGCAACCAAGACACUGUACACAGAAGAGAGCUGGUGGAAAGAAGGGGAGAGGUAGGAUCGACGGCGAGAGAGAAUGGGUGAAAGCCUGCUGACCUCCGAACGUAUAAGGCCGUGGUUGGAGGGAACUAAUGGAUACGUUAUGGAUUCAAACAUCAUCAAAUUUCUUGUAGGAUUCAGGCAUUCACCAACUAUUAACGGCGAAGCUCGCUUAACGGCUAACCUGACCAAGCCACAAAAACUGGAACUUAACUUAUUUUCUGAAUCCUUGUUCGAUUAGGAUUACUACAUUUCUGGCCUGAUCUUCUUAUAAACACUGGUUAUGCUAUUGAUUGAGUGGUGUGCUUGCAAGAUGUGUUUGAUAAAGUGAAACGUCUUGUGAGCAGGCUGACCCAGCUCGUGUAACAGCAAAACAUAUCGUAAAUAGCUAUUUUGAGGUACAGUUUUGCUUUUGGUGAUAAUAAAUUAAAAUUUUCCGA